AACAGAUUGAAUUAAUGAAAGAGUCCAGUGCGGAAGAUAUCGCGCGUCAGUUGUACAAGGAGUACCUCGUUGCGGUAUAUCGUGGCGCGAUCGACGUGAAAAAGCAGCAGAACACCAGAAUUCGGCAGGGUCCUCUACUGGGAGCAAAUACCAACCUCGCGCAAGUGACCCCGGACUGGGCGCACUUUCUGAAUGUCCCGGCAAAGCUUUUUCCGCUUGUGAUGUUGUUGAUUGGGCCGGACGAAAAGCUUGCGAAGUGCGCAACAAGAGAGUUUUCGCAAUUCGUGUUCACCGCCCUGCACCAGCCGCGCAUGUUCCAACUUGCGCGCCUGUUCGAGCCGUCAGUCGACCGAACGAAAAGGAAUCCCGCCUCCGUUUCCGCGGGGUUCGAACUGGUUCCCAGUGUCGAGAACAGCGUGAUUCGCAGUGUUCCGCCAGUGCUGAAGAUUCCUGUGCGAGUUGGG